GCAUGAAUUAUCAUGAAUGAAUUGUUGAAGUAGUAACUGUUGUUUUAAAAGAAUAUCAGCACGUUAAUGGUAGAAAUCGCAGUUCGUGCUACAAAUAUGCGUUAAGUAAUCGCGAGUGCCAUUUUCUGCCUGCUGCCCGUCUCCACCUGUCCUACCUGUGCGAUGAGGGCAUUCCCUUCGUGCCUUCCUCCCUUUGUUUUUGCAAGAGGAUUUACCGGGGGCUUUGCAGAAACGUUUGUUUGUGACGGGACACGAGACGGAGGCUGAGGUUCGGGGAGGAAGGUCCUUCUUUUAGUGUGCCUUUGCCACGGGGAGUCCUUUCACUUUAAUUUUGGCCGGACAUCCCUGACGGGCUGAGGCCGGCAGGUCCCAGCAGGGGAAGCCGACGGGCGGGCGGUCUCAGCGCGUUGCCGUUUCCCAGCUGUGAGGAGUUACUCGCUCUCGCCGCUGGUAACGGCGGAUCCACACCACCGAGCUCCACGCUGUCGCUGACAGCUGGGCAUCCCGCCCGCCGGAUCGCCCACGGGCGAGCGGCUUUGCGAGGGGAGCGGGUCACGGCGCCGCGGCCCUUGGCGUGGGGAGAGGGAGAGGAGAGGGACGGCGGCAGCCUCCGCCGCCGCGCGCCGUUUGUUCGCGCUGUCCUCGCGGGCUGAGGAGAAGACCGCUACCCCGUUUCUCUUUUGUUCGUAGCUGUUCUUGCUCGGUUUCUCUUCCCGCUUCGGUGCGGCGGAGGCGCUUGGGGUGUAGCGCUGCCGGGGGUAGGGUCGCCGCCCGCCCAGCGCAAGGCACCCUCUUCCCCGAGCCGUAUUACUUUAAGGGCCGGCGGGGCGGGGCCAGGCGGAGGGGCUCGCGGCCGCGCCGCCGCGCGCCAUUGGCUGACCACGCCGUCCCGGUGCCCGCCCCUCUCCGAACACUGUUAUGUCUGUGUCUCGGUGUCAGUCCGGCGAGCGGUGCGCAUGCGCGGCGGGUGCUCAUCCAGCCGGCGGGGCCGGGGCGACCGCUGAGGUCGGGGCUGCCGCGGAGUCGGUGUGGUGCGAGGGAGGGGAGGAGGCGGACAGCAGGAGCAGCGAGGCAGAGGAUGCCCGCCGCCCUCCCGCCGCUCCUCUGCGCGCUCGCCGUCGCCUCCACGUUUUCAUGAAUUAGCGCAGCGGGUUGGGGGCAGGGGACGGGAGCAAGCGCCCCAGCGGAACCGGCGCCCCAGGCAUGGCCAGCUCGUGCGCCGUCCAGGUGAAGCUGGAGCUGGGGCAUCGAGCCCAAGUCAGAAAGAAACCCACCGUGGAGGGCUUCACCCACGACUGGAUGGUGUUUGUCAGAGGGCCCGAGCACAGCAACAUUCAGCACUUUGUGGAGAAAGUCGUCUUUCACCUGCACGAGAGCUUCCCCCGGCCGAAAAGAGUGUGCAAGGAUCCACCCUACAAAGUUGAAGAAUCUGGGUAUGCUGGUUUCAUUUUGCCCAUCGAGGUUUACUUCAAAAACAAGGAAGAACCUAAGAAAGUUCGAUUUGACUAUGACUUAUUCCUGCACCUUGAAGGCCACCCACCUGUAAAUCACCUCCGCUGUGAAAAGCUCACAUUCAACAACCCGACAGAGGACUUCAGAAGAAAGCUGCUAAAGGCAGGAGGGAUGAUGGUAAUGUCAGAUGGCACAUCGUUCUCUUCAGGACAGAGCCUUCAUCUCCCCAGCCUUCCCAGUAAUGCCCUGUCUUUUUCUGAAGUGAAGAAGAAACCAUCUCAUGGGCCAAAGGAACCAACUAGGAUUCUCAAUACAAAUAGCAGCAGCAGCAGCAGUAGUAACAGUUUUUCAAAGACCCACAAGUUAACAAAGGAGCACAAGGAAAAAACUUCUAAAGACUCAAAAGAACAUAAAAGUGCCUUCAAAGAACCUUCCAGGGAACACAACAAAUCUUCCAAAGAACCCUCUAAGAAACCCAAAGAAAACAAACCACUGAAAGAUGAAAAAAUAGUUCCUAAGAUGGCCUUCAAGGAACCCAAGCCCAUAUUCAAGGAACCAAAAUCUGAAAACACCCCCAUCCUUACCAUAACAGGUGGGCAGCAGCAAGAAAAGAAGACCCCCACAAAAAGGCCCUCUGUUUUGGACUCUGACGAACAUUCUGCAAAAAAAAGAAAAAAAAGUGGCUCGGAUUCGUUAUUUAAAAGUUUUUCUAGUGCCCCACCACUGAUUCUUACUUGUUCAGCUGACAAAAAUCAGACGAAGGAUAGAUCUCAACUCAAGGUGGGGAGAGUCAAAAUUGAAAAUGAUGCACUGGAAAAGAAGACGCCGACUUUGCCACCAUUUGAUGAUAUCGUAGAUCCCAAUGAUUCCGACAUGGAGGAAAACAUGUCCUCCAAAUCUGAAUCUGAACAGCCCAGUCCUACCAGUUCCAGCUCCAGUUCCAGCUCCAGUUUUACACCAUCUCAAAACACCAGACAACAAGGUCCGUUGAGGUCCAUAAUGAAAGAUCUGCAUUCAGAUGAUAACGAAGAUGAAUCAGAUGAAGCAGAUGAGAAUGACAAUGAUUCUGAGUUGGAAAGACCUGUAAAUACACUAGGAGGAAGCAGAAGUCGUAGGGUUAGUCUGAGUGACGGCAGUAACAGUGACAGCAGUUCAGCCUCCUCACCACUACAUCAUGAACCAGUACCACCUUUACUGAAGACCACCAACAACCAGAUUUUAGAAGUGAAAAGUCCAAUAAAGCAAAACAAAUCUGAUAAACAAAUAAAGAAUGGGGAUUGUGAUAAGGCAUAUCUCGAUGAACUAGUAGAGCUCCACAGAAGAUUAAUGACAUUGAGAGAGAGACAUGUACUGCAGCAGAUAGUAAAUCUUAUAGAAGAAACUGGACACUUUCAUAUCACAAAUACAACCUUUGACUUUGAUCUUUGUUCACUAGACAAAACCACAGUCCGUAAACUACAGAGUUACUUGGAAACAUCUGGAACCUCCUGAGGAUUCAGCAUCUGGCUGCAUCAAAAACUGUUCUUUAAAUUAAACAUUCAGAAUGAUGCAACCAAAAUGGGGGAAGAAAACAAAACAACCUUAUUCAGCUUUAUUUUUUCUUAAAGCCAGUCAUCAUCUCUUGAUAAGGGAGAGGAAAAGUGACAAGACUCAGAGAACCGCUCUUCUCAAGAAGAAAAUGCUCCGGAAGAGUUUGCCUGGAUAGCCUUGAAAAACAAACACAUAAAACCAAACAAAAAUACUUGGUCUUAACGAAUGUGUAUGGUAUCAUGUAUCUAUCUCUGUGGUAUUCCAGUCCACAAGAUGAAUGCAUGUUCAACACACUGCCUUAUUACAUAACUGAUCUAUUUAUUAUUGCAUACAUGUAUUCUAAAGUCAAUGAGUCAUUCAGUGACACUACCAGAUCUUGCAAGUAGUGGGGCCCCAUGUGUGCUCUUUUCAUGCAGUACUAUUGCAAAGCCUAGCAACCUUAUUCAGAAUGCCAGUUCUUGCUAUCUUUCUCUAGUCACUUAAAACACUGCAGUUUUGUUUCCACUUCUGCAGUUCCAGGAAACAAGAUACAAAGUUGGAGACCAAACAGUGGUCCUAUAUUUUGUUUCCCAUCUGCCACAGUAGGUUGGACCACAGCAGGUUGGACCACAGGUCUUUGGCUCUAUCCAUUUAUUGAUCUUGACCAUGGUAGAAGAUACACCAAAUAGAAUCAUAUGACUUGCUGUCUAGCCUUAGUGAAUAAACCAGUAGGACUUUUAACAAAAAAUGUUAUGUAUACUGUCCUGAAUCCAGCAUCUUUUCAGUCUACAUUCUUGUGUCUGUUUUAAUGUUAUAAAGUUAAAUAUAUGUAAGAAUGAAGGUGUUCUGCAGGAUCAUGGUAAAAGAAGAAAUACUGAUCCUGUCUUCUAAGAAAACGUUGUAGGAAAUUCUUAAUUUGGAGCUAUUUAUUACUAUGAGUUUCAACACUCCUCUGUUGCCAGUGUGUGACUCACUUUUACCAUAAAACUAUUUGCAUAACAUUUUUGUUUGUUCAUACAGUAUAUGGUCUGCUUAGCUUGUUUUGUGGUUUUGUUUCUGGUUUUGUUGGGUUUUUUACAACUAUUAACUUAAAACCCUUUAUUUGAAAAUAAAAAAAAUAUGUUGCUAUACAGUUACAUGUUGAAAUAAAUACAUAUAUGAUAUAUUGUAUAUAUGUGUGUGUGUCUAUACACAUAUACACAUACACCUGUGUAUAUAUAUACACACACACACAUAUACAUAUAUGCUUUUUAUACUUUCCAGAUUUUGGUAUCUGUUUGAGAACCUGCUUGUGUUUCCAGAAGGAUUUCUUGUCUAUAAAAAUGAGUAUUCUUUCAUACCAUCCACCAUUCUUUAAAAUCAGGAUCCUUGUUUAUGCAUGAUCAAAUGAGAGGAUGUGUACUCAGUUUCACAUCAAAGCUCUGUGGUCUCAUAUUGCUGAUGGUUUCUUUAUGAAAUCAGCACGCUACUAUUAGAAGUUCAAAUCCCCCAAUGAAAAGAGAAAAGAAUUUUAAAAAUACUUCUGGAUGCAAAGGUUUAUUCAGGUUUACUAGCCUUAAAAAAUGUAUCUUGUUUCUGGAUGGGCCAGUAUGUCAUGUGUAUGCUUAUAUACCACAUGUAGCCUGUAAGCGUAGAGCUAAACAGUAGUAUCUGUAUGACUUACUGUUUCACACGCACAGUUUGUGCAGCACUCUACAACUAAAUUCGUAUUGGGGUUAUUUCUUAUUCAGAUGGUAAAUAUUAAUACUGUUUCUUUAAGUCCAAAGAAAAAUUUACACUUUACUCUUUUUGAGAGGGCGGGAUACGGAUUGGGUUGGGGGACUUUUUUCUUAUUUAAAGUGUUGUUUGACCACACUCCGCAGGAAGUCCUUCUCAGGCUUCCCAAGAAUAAGUGUACUUUUUCAGUAAUGUUAUGACUCUUAUUGACGAUUGGCAUGAAGCAUACUUGAAGCAUUCUGUUGUUCUGUUAAGUCUAUGUCUUAAUGUGCAAUUGCAGGAGGGAGGGAGUUUAAUUUUAAAGUUACUUUUGACAUAAGGCAGGUGAUGGUGGGGAGGGAGAAGGGGUGCAUGUGAAGGGGAUAAACUUCAAUUUUUAUUGAUUAUUUUAUAUGAAAAUGUUUGGAAAUCUAAAAGCAACCUUAAAAACGUUUGGUCUACUAGUGUGUGUUCAACUUCCUAUAUUUUAGUUAUACUAGAUAUGUAUGGAAUUUUGUCCAUUUUGACUUUUCUAAGUUUUGUGGUAAAAACUCAUUGAGUUUCAGGAGGGGAAGAAUCCCAUGAUACUUUUAGUAAUACUAUUGCACUGUUUUGUUAGAAAUGGUGAAAUGAAUAAUUUUACCCUUAAAAUACCAGAUAAGCUUUAUUAUACACUGAGAACAGGGGUGGAAGAAAACACCAAAUAGAAGAAUAGGCAUAAAAGGGAGAUGACAGCAAUUGCAGUAUCAAGUUAGUGCUGAAUUUCAUGCAAAUUGUGGAUUAUCUUUAAAGUCUUAAAUUUUCUAAUUGGGAGAGGGAAGAAGAUAGACUGCAGUUGUGUGUGUGCGUGUUGACUUUUUCACAAAGUUCUGAUAGAAUAAGAGUUACUAAGUGUUGAUCUAAAUUAAAUAUAAAUUAGCUAUUUUCAUCUAAUUUUGUAUGCAGAAACAAAAUAAAUCUUUGUUCACUUAAUUUCAGACAUUCAUAUUUCUCUUAAAGAAAAUAUAAUUAUAACCUUCCAAGUCUUUAACGUAUAUGAGCAUUGAUCUUUGGCAUGGGUUAAAGUGUUUUAGCAAUAAAUGUUUUUGAGUUUUACUUAACAUCAAGCCAUUUAAAAGAAAGUUAUAUCUGAGAAUUUGUAUUAAUUCAUUGAGGUGACCAGACAGAGGUUAGCAGUAAUUUGCAAUAUCUAAAAAAAUUAUUUUCAGCAUAAGUGAGUCAGUGUUACUAGAACAGUAGUUGUAUCCAAUAAUAAGGAUAGUUUUCAUCUCACCACUAACUUUUCACCUCAGAAAGUCGAUGUCCAGUUGGGUAGACGAGUUUUAAUAUCUUUUUAGAAAUUUGAAUCCACUGAGAGACUUCACAAAAAUUUCAGUAUCAUCUAGAUUUGAAGGCCCUCUUAGCCCAUGCUAAAGAGAAAAAGCGAGAAAGGAGGAAGAGGCAUACACUGAAGUGAGGAGAGUCUUCCAAUGUAAAACAAAACCCACGCUCAGUUUUCAGCCUUUGGAUUGUAAGAAAUGGUUGAUCGUUUCUCUCUUCUUUUCAUUGACUGGGUGUUUUUAGGUUAAGUCUAUGCUUUCAGUUUCAGAGGCAGAGUAUACACAGUACAGUGUAUUUGGAGAGCCCAGUACUAUUAAAGUUUCUUGUCAUC